AUGCCGGGCAGGUCCCACCGCGAUGCCUUGCGCAGGGUGUUCGACCACUGCGCGCACAUAAGGGCCAAGUGCCGCGCCCACCACUGCACACUGCAUGACCGAUUUGAAGGCAAGGCAGCCACGGCCUUGAUCGGCGGCCUGCAGGUCACACUCGACCUCGCGGGAGCAUUUGAUGCCAUGCCCCGACAUCGACUCCUGGAAGGAAUGGAGCACAUGAACUUGCCGCUCUCCUUCAUACAGAUCGUCAUGUGUUGGCACCAUCAAGCCCACUACCAUAUCAACCAUGAUGGCACGGAUCGGGUUGUCCACGCUACACAGGGCGUGCGACAGGGUUGUGCGGUUGCACCCCUUCUCUGGCUCAUUUUCUCACACCUUAUCAGUGAAAAACUUGCGGCCAAGAUCGGCUACCACGCCACAGUCAAUCUCCUCAGCAUCUUCGCUGACGACUACCAUUGCUCGGGUGAGUUCAGCUCGACGCACGAUCUGGAAGUCAUUCUGUCGCACGUAGCCGUGCUCCUCCAUACACUGGCGGAUAUGGGAAUGACGGUUAGCCCCGCGAAAAGCAAGGCUAUACUCAAAUGCGCAGGUCCGGGGGCUGAACAGCUUAGGAGACGGUUCACACGCAAAACGGCCCAGGGGAAAGUCCAUCGUAUCUACAGUGCACAGGAAUGUAUCGACAUCCCGCUUGUUGAUUCAUUCAUGUACUUGGGAGCGAUUGUCAGCUAUGAUCACUAUGAGGAUAGAACACUUGCGCACCGCUUAGAGGUUGGGUCUAACAACUUUGGCAGACUCACGCGUGUACUCCGAGGCAGACAUGCCCUAACGCGACAACACAAACUCCGUAUCUGGCAGGCGUGUGUCUAUACCGCCACUGUCUACGGGCUUGAUGCCUGUGGACUCACGCCCCUUGGCGCCAAGAAGCUCACAGCGCAGAUCCUGAGACAAAUUCGACUCAUAGUCAGGGAUCCCGUGUACAUGACGGGUACAUCACACCAGCAGGUUUUGACAAAAUGGAACCUUCUUUCUCCGAUUGAGGCGCUAAGGCACCAACUUCAUAAGGAGACAGUUGAUCCGGAGACUCAACCGGAUAUCUUUAAAAGGGGGCCAGAUAGCGCGGCUUGGCAAAGAGUCAUGGAUACCCUACAAGACUUUUCAUCCUCUCAGCUUGUCGAAAUGCACAAUCAGCGUGCCCAUGGCCACCCGUGUCCAGAGUGUGGAAUAUAUUUCGCCACCCGUGCCUCCAUGCUAGGCCACAUGACACGUAAACAUAAAGACCACCCAGCACGCCCUGCCAAUCAGCCUACGCGCACCUUUGACAAACAUAGUGACGCGCUGGGAGGGCUACCUCAAUGCAGCCACUGCAAGGUCAAACUCUGUGACUUCUCCAGUCUGCGCAAGCACAUUAACGAACAGCGCUGUAAGGUGCUUUACCCCACGAGACGUCCACCCUGCUCGGAUACACCCGAAGUGCCACCCGAAGUGAUACCACCUAACACUAUCGAAGCAUCAGCUGUCAAGGUAAUAAGCCCUAAGCUAGGCCCCACGCCUGAAGCCACUCACGUCGAGCCCGACCCCUCCCAUCCAGCACGCUGCUCAGGUGCCGGACCAACGGACGACUCAGAAACACAGAUGCCCUACUUUCAGAGGACCAGCGUACGAGCCAUGCUCACAAAGUAUUCUGAAAAUGCAGCUUUUCACCUGCAGGAUAGACAGUGGCUCCGACACUCCUGUGCCCUGUGCUCCCAGUGGAUUGUGUGCUCAAGUAAGGUGAAGCAGCACUAUAGGCUCUCACACCCCACUGACCAUGCACAGUACCUGCAAUCAGCGAGCCGUCUGUGCUCCAAGUUCAAUACCCCGGGCUCACCGUGUGAGCACUGCAGUGCGGUCACCAAGGCCCCCAGACAGCACCCUGCCAAAUGUACUGUCUUGUGGCAAGUCUGCCUUAUGCAUCUUAAACUGCGUAGCACAGGACUGGCGAUGGAGGAGCUUCAGCAAGUCUUCGGCCCGCUGAUGAAGGACCAGCUGGAUCUCAUGGAGUGGGCACCGACGAUGAAGAGGGAAGCCGAACCGGAAUCGGCCCCUGCAGAGCGAGGCAAGGUCCCCAAGACAGAGCAGGGCAAAGGGCGCCCGCGUCAGCCGGCCCCUCCAAGCAAACAACACUGGCGCAAAGGUGGGGGCAAGGGACGUGGUCACGAAACCCCCAACCUGACCUACUUGAUCAAAGCACUGGCCAGACUAGCGCUGCAACAGGAGACGGCGCUCAAGAUCCUACGUCAGGACUACAGCUGGGUGCUCUUCAUUCAACCGGGCAGUCAGGGGCCGCUCCCCCUCCUCUUUGCAGCGGCACAAAAAUGGAAGAAGUCUCAGGAGGAGGGAACAACGACCAGUACACUACGCACCACUCUGUUCGGUUGUCUGAUCACGAUGCUGCACGCAAGCCUGAAAGACAUCGGAGGAGUGACGCAGACACCCUUCCAGAAGAAGGCGGAGGACAACAAAUGGCUACAGGAAGGCCACUGGUGCUACCAGAAGUGGUCGCCGGCGUUGGGGAGCCUGGUGGUCGACGAGGGGAGGCCCCCGCUUCCACACGCGAAGCUAGUGGAAGCACUCCAACUCCUUCUACCCAUCAUCAUGCAGCCCUACAUGAUACACAGAUUCCACGCCACACGUCCCCUAGCAGACACCAUGACAGGGGUCACGGCUUUUCAGCUGGACAUCUCCAAUCGCACGAAGGGCCACCCAACAGUAUGGGAGACACUGGAGGCAUUGACCGGCCUGUCGGCCAUGCAGGUCAUCGGCCUCCAACUAAGGAGGGACACGCUCAAGCAAUCACCGGCUGCCGCGCUUGUCCAACAGGUUGCGGACAUCCUCAAGUAUGGUGCCCAGGAACAGGCGUGGAGGGAUGUGUAUCAUGCGCGUAGGCCCAUUCACGUUCAUGCACUGAGCUCCUGGCGGCCCUUGCUGUGCAAUUGGGCUAACCUCCACCAGCAACAUGACACUUGUGAAUUCCUAGAACACCUCCUAGGAGCUGGACGACCCCAAGUUCUCCAAGGCAAGUGGGAAUCGCGCAUUGUUAGUGAGGUUGAGGGCACCGAGACCAGAGGACAGCACAACACACAGCGGUCCAUUACCCUUGACCUGGCGGACCCUUAUGCCACCACUAACCUCCAAGCACUAGUUGACCAUUGGCACACCGGCGGCACGUACGUACAGGCUUGCACGCAUCCUCCACGCAUCCUGCUUCUGCGCAUCUCGCGCUUCUUAGACACAGACGCUGGCGAGACGGUCAAAUUGCACACCAGGGUCACCAUUCCCACUGCAGUCCAGAUCCCAUGCUACUGUGACCCACAUCAGGGGGACUACGCUUUGAUGACUUGA